AUGAACGCUUCAUCGUCAUCACCGACCAACUCGACCGCAGCAGAAGUAAAGUCACAAUCAAUCUGUAUUAUCGGUGCAGGGCCUGCAGGGCUUAUCACCGCGCAUACUCUACUUCAAGACGGGUUUUCGGAUGUAACGGUUUAUACGAAGGACGAGGCGGUUGGAGGUGUAUGGGCCAGGCAGAGGGUGUAUCCCGGGAUGAACAUCAACAACGUUCACGGCCAAUUCAGAUUCUCAGCUCUCGAGAUGCCACCACCCCCGGAUGCCCACAUAACUGGCGGAAGAUUGCGGGGGGAGGACAUGUGCAACUACUUUGAACGCUUCUACGAGAGAUUCCUGAAGCGCCCUGACCACGAGCCGCAGAUCAUACAUUUCAAAACCGAAGUCACUCGUGUCCGAAGGGGGCCGGGUGGGGCUGGGUGGAGGGUUGAGUUACGGGAUGUUGGGAGCGGCACGGAGAGCGUCAAGGAGUUUGAGAGGAUCGUGAUAUGCACGGGAGGUUGCAACACCCCACAGGCACCGUCGUACCUCACGCCAUCAGCAGCGCUUGAAGCAGGGUUUGAGGGCCCUGUUGUACAUUCGAGCGAGUCAUGGACAGAGAUGGAGAGGAUUUUGAAGGCGUGUGGAAAGGCUGACUCGACGGAGAAGGAGGAGGCUGACAAGGAGGGUAUGGUCGUUGUGGUUGGUGGUGGAAAGAGUGCCCAAGAUAUCGCAGCUCAUCUAGCAAAUAUCGGUGUCAAGGUCACCAUCGUCUUCUCGAAAGCGGACAUGUUCCUUGCUGCGCAGAAGCCGGUCAACCCGAGGAUACGGCAGAGUCGGGUGAUCAGCGUGCUUUCGCCAAGUGUCGAGCUACGGUCGAGGACAGAACGAUUCCUACACACGACCUGGCUUGGCGGGAAGAUUGUACGAGGUUUCUGGGAUGGUGUCGCUAAGCGCUCCUUCAAAACGUACAAUUUCCCGCCCGACCACCCGCUUUCUCUCCACUCACACAAUGUCUUUUGGGGAAACCGGACGGGUGAUGAGGGUGUCCGGAGUGAUAAGACUUUCCAGAGCCAUGUCUUGAGUGGGAGGAUACAGUGUAUCGUGCCCGGUUAUGUUCUUGGUUUUCGGAGAGGAGAGGCGAAGGAACAGGAGAGCGCGGGCUCGUAUCUCCUGCUAGACAGUGGGGAUAAGCUCUAUCCUUCAGCUGUCAUCGUUGCCACCGGGUACAAGUCGUCCUGGGAGGAUAUUCUGGAUGAGGAAUCUAUCCGGGAAAUUGGGUUGAUACACGACGUACCCCCUGAGCGCCUGGAGAAGUACAAGGACGAAUGGAAAUACACCUCGCUCAAGGAUGCGCCGUUGCCACUUUCCGAAAAGCGACAUGGUCCUUCCGCUUCGACGUCGACUUCGACGACGACACUGGGCAAGGAACGUGUUGGGGAUUCCAAACCCUUGAGGGCGCCUGCGUUGUAUAAGGGCAUGAUCCCAGCGAAGAGCUUGCUGAAGAGGGAUGUGGCUGUAAACGGUGCUAUGAUUACCGCCAAUUCUGGCUACGCAUUCGAACUCGCCGCGCAUUGGAUAUCGUCUUACUUCCUCGGUGAGCCGAUGAGACUACCGAGGACGGUCGAAGAAGCGGAGGAAGAGACGGUUAGGAACCUUGCUUGGAUGAUGAAGCGAUUCCCUCACAUGGACGCGUGGAAGAAUGGCAGUCAUGGUAGUUGGACGCCUCAUUUCGCGUGGCCUCAGGGGAUGGACGCGCUUCUUGAGGAUAUGUAUCUCCCUUCAUGGAGAAGCGGAGGGAAUUGGUUGACUUGGAUUCUAAAACCUAUCCGGAUUGAGGAGAUUGCAAACUUGGGAGAGGAAAGGAGGAGGGGUGUGGAAAGUGGGAAACGUGAGCGGUUGAGCAUCAAGGACCGGGAGCAGGAGGAGAGGCGGAAAUAG